CUUUGAAACAUGGCUCUCAACUUUCAGACAUCGACGCUUUCUCUGACCUUGCCGAUAUCGUGCCAGAUAUGUCUCGGAAAGGUCAAGCAGCCGGUCAUUUGUGGAAACCACCACGUGUUCUGUUCAUGCUGCAUGGAGAUGUGGUUAAAGAAAGCUAGCCAGUGUCCCACUUGCAGAGUGCCCAUCACGGCAGAGAGCCCCUGCAGAGCAAUCAUCGGAGGCACAAAUGAGAGUGAUCACAGUGACAGCCCCUCCACAAGGAAAUGUCUCCGAAAAACCAGAGGAGAACUGCUUCUACGGGAGUAUGAGGAAGAAAUUGAAGGACUCCUCAGAGAAAACGAGGAGCUUAAAACAAAAAAUCUAAAUUUGGAGUCACACCUGAAGACUGCUUUGGAUCCCUGCAGUACUGAUUCAGUGCAAACAGACAACAAAACAGUCGACCCCUAUGUCCUGGAAGAAUGGACAAACAAGCUGCGAGCUGCAACAGAUGUUUGUGAUAAAGUAAAGCAGGACAUGGACAAGCUUAAGGAGGCAAAUAAAGCAUUGCGGUCUCAAAAUGUCGACCUUGUACAAGAGAAUAUGAGACUGAAAGCGGAGGUGACGAGCAGAUCUCCUCAGAAGUUUGGUCGAUAUACAGUAGCAGCACUGGAAGCAAAAAUCCAGCAGUACGAACGUGAGGUGGACCACUUGAAGAAGGCUCUGGAGCGCAGUGACCAGUACAUUGAAGACCUUGAAUCUCAAACCAGAAAGUCUGAAAAGAGAUCUCUUGAGAUGCAGGAGACUUGUGGGAAUAGCAAGGCCAGGUCAGAAACUCUCACCCAGCAACAGAAAGUCAGCAUGAUGAUAAGGAGCUUGAGCGAUAAUGAGAGGGGGUCGAUCUGCAGCAAUCCAGAGGCAGAAUGUCGAACAUUUUCUAGAAAUCACAGUUUGAUGUUUAUGCCAUCUGCAGACGACAAGGAGCUGAAUAAGAAUGUUACUGCAAACCAGAAAGGAGAGGAGUUGUGUAGCACCUCCUCUGACUUUUCACCCUCCACUCCAUCCAGUGCCUUUCAAUCCCUGACACUGAAAAGCCCCGGCAUCCGUGAGAAGAAAGUUGCAUUUAAACCUGCGUCUUAUCUUAGGAGACUUACUUUUGAAGAACUUCCUAGUCCUAGUAAGAGUAGUAGCGCCACAGACAACCAAUGUGGUAGCCUCGACAAAUUCCCAAAAGGCUUGCCAUCAAAUACUGAUGUGGAGCCCUCAAAGUCUGUCUUUUGGGGUGCUUGGCAGAGAUCUAAAUCUAAUGACCAAUCCUGUCCAGGUGCAAGUAAAGACAGCUUGGUGAAAGGAUCCACAUCCACCAGUGUUUUAGUGGAGCCCGAUAGCUUCGAGUUUUCCAGUGAAGCCUCCAUGGAUGCCGCUUACCUAGAUAAAAUCUCCGAGUUGGACUCCAUGAUGCUGGAUGGAGAGAGUUCCAGUAGCCGGGGGUCUCACCUCUCCCUAGCAUCCUCCCCUCCUACAGACUUGGACAACACUCUCGUCCCAGAACUACAAACCUGUGCCGAAGUCUCGACAAGCAGCGACCGCAAGCGUGUGACAGAAUGCGACAGCUCAUCACGUGACCUCGUGGACGGCACCGUGAAUAGUAAAGAGGCUUCAAAAGGCGGUGCAGAAGAAAGUUUUUCUCCACUGGUUUCCGGAGGGGAGAGCAGUGUCCCUGGCUGUGCAGAGCAUGAAGAGGCCUCUCAGACCGAAGAACUGUCUUUUGAUUUGCUGUUUGAUUCAGUGGAAGAGAAUAAGGCUGGUCCCUCUGGCUCUCUCAGUCCAGCUGGCCAACACCAUGAUCAUGUAAACCCCCCCUCCUCCUCUUAUUCCUCUUCCUCCAGCAGCACCAGUAAACCUGUGAACACAAGAGACAGGCACACACUGAGCAUUGGCCAGCCUAUCAAGAGAAAGUCACACAGUCCCUUUAAUACAAGCAGUCCCACAAAACUUUCCAAGCUCAUGUAG